AGCAGGCCGGGGUAUAAUUAGGUAUUAUGAGGUGGUUUUAAUGGACAGGGAGAGACAGAAAGACUAAUCUAGCAUGCAUGUGCUCACAUUCCUGUAAAUUCAGCAGGGAUGGUUUCACGGUUCCUGGGCUGUCGUUCUGUUAUUUUCUCUGCUGAGACUCAUUAAUCAGAACUGAGCUGCUCGCUAAGCUGCUUCCUGCACGCAGUAACCUGAUCCAGUAGGAGGCGCCUGACAGCCCGCCUCAGUUCUACCUGUCCGAUCGCCCCACUUGCCUAACCUGCUGCAGCUCUGGGACCCGCCUCCGUCGCCACUCCCUGGCUCAGACUCCACCUGCUGCAGCAACAACAGCCUGGAUACAUGUCCUGUUCAAACAAGCCAGCUUUCUCCUCACUAAGGCAGGUCGUGAGUUCUGCAGCCCUGAAGUGUGAGGACUUUUAGCUUUUAGCUUCUUCUUACAUCCUGAGUUCAGACUGGCAACGCUGAAUGGACAGAACAUGGGGUCAGAUGAAGCCUACAACUUUGUCUUUAAGGUGGUUCUAAUAGGAGAAUCUGGUGUCGGAAAAAGCAAUCUGUUGUCCCGCUUCACCAAAAACGAGUUCAACCACGACAGCCGUACGACCAUUGGAGUGGAGUUCAGCACACGGACUGUGCAGCUCAGCGGCUUCACCAUCAAGGCCCAGAUCUGGGACACGGCCGGGCUGGAGCGAUACCGGGCCAUCACUUCUGCGUACUACAGAGGUGCUGUUGGAGCCCUACUGGUGUACGACGUCACCAAACACCUCACCUAUGAGAGUGUGGAGCGCUGGCUAAAGGAGUUGUACGACCAUGCUGACCCCCACAUCGUGGUAAUGCUGGUGGGCAAUAAGACUGACCUGGAGUCCGAGAGGUCUGUGCCCACUGAGGAGGCCAAAGACUUUGCAGAAAAAAAAGGCCUUUUGUUUCUGGAGACCUCUGCCUUGGAGUCGACUAAUGUAGAAGCAGCAUUCAGCGAUGUCUUAGCAGAGAUUCACAAGAAGGUGAGCAGUAAGGAGGUGGUUCGAGGCUCCAUCAGCGCAGUGUCCCUCAACAGCCAUGGAGCAGAAAGCGCAGAGGAGAAGAAGCCCUGCUGUAAGAACAUCUGAUCGCACCAUCCCUAAGGAGCCCAGGGACCCUCAGGGUGGAAGCCUCCUCCUUCACCCACAGUCCUGAGCGACAGCUUUAUGAGAGGCGUCUGACACGGCAACCUUAAGUGCCAACAGAAAUUGGCACUGGUUUAAGCGACUUAGACUGACCUGGUGGCAUGAUGCAUUCAAGAGAUGAUUGAAAGUGUGUAUGAAUGUAGCUGGAAGCCAACACAAGAGUCUCUGCUCACCACUGAGCAAAGGUCAAAGGUGCAACUGUGUUACCUGUAAGAUUAUUUUUCAUCCAUGCAGAAAAUUGGAGACACUUCAACAUAUCAUGCCACAUGUGAUGUUUAAAAUACGUAUAGUUGUUCCAAUGCUUCUACUUAAAAUCAGCAGCUUGUUGUUGGAUAUUUGACAUGGACUGACUGCGUGUUGCUGUCACUGCUGAGUGUGGGCUCCAGCUGAUGACCCACGAUGAGACUGAUUGCAUUUCUGUUGAGAAAUAAAUGAUUUAUGGAGACAAACCA